AAGUAUCUGGAUUCACAGGAUCAUACAAAGGAUUGUCUGGGACUGUCUAGCAAAUUAUCGAAGAGAAAUGCUUCAUACAUUUAUGAUAAUACUGCCGAUGCUGGCUUCCAGAUUAUAUGCUCAGAAUGGAACCAGUCUUGCUGACAGUGACUCUGGUAGAAUUUUUUUACCUAUGGAACAAGGUGAUUUUGGAUCUCAUGAAAGUGAGUCUCCAGACCCAACGGCUUCCUCUGAAACUGAGACUACUUUCUCUGAUCUAGUUACAACGACUGAUUCUGGAUUUCAAGAGAAUGAAACAAAUGUUCUAAUUGCCAUAUCAUCUCCAGAAGUUACUCCCCUACCAACUAAUGAAAACAAUGAAGCUGAAAUAACUGCUCAUAUGGAUUCAAAAAUUAAUGGUUUGUCUGGCAUCAAAGAAAACAACAUCCUUGAAGUACCUGCACCAGGAUUCAAAGAAAAUAAUGCAUUGAAUAAUUCCAAUGCAUUAGGGGUUCCGGGUCCAAAGAAUAAUCCUGCUAAGUGUUGUCCUUUGGGCUCAAAAGGAGUAAAGUCACAUCAAGGAGCUGACAGAGAUUUUGGAAGCAGCCAAAACUCAUCUUCUGGAGAAGCAGAACAUUUCGAAAGGAACCGUGAAGAAGAAAGUAAUAUUGAAUUUCCUGAUUCUUCUAAAGAAAUCCAUUCUCAGGAAGAAAUAAGAAAGGUAUUUCGCAGAGAGAUUGCACCUUCUACAUUUUCCGAGCCAGAAGGAUCACAGGCGUCAGAAGGCAGCUCAAGUACUGAAGGAAUAAUUGAAACUGAUCAACAGGAAGUGACAAAACUUCUGAGUCCCAGUGAUGAGAAAAAUGGAUGUGCUACGGUUCAGGCUUUUUCAGUUGGGUUAAUGGGUCAAAUUGAACUUUCAUUGAUUGGAACGCCAGUUAAAUUUCAAAACAUUUUCUUUAAUGAACAGCAGCUGUAUAACACUAGUUCAGGAACAUUUAUUGCUGAGGUUAGUGGCAUCUACUUGUUUACAUACAAUGUAAUAGUUUCAGAAUGGAAACUGACAAUUGGCUUUUUUAUGAAUGGUGUCAACAUUCUUAACACUUCUAGUGUCCAGAUUAAUGGAAAUAUUGGUUCGGCUUCUGCAUCUCUGAUCUUGAAUCUUUCAAAUGGGGAUGAAAUCUGGCUUGGACUUGUUAACAGUGGUGGAGGGACGCAAAUGACACAUAGUAGUAGUAUGUCCACCUUUUCAGGAUUUCUACUCAGCCUCUGA